AUGUCAUCCUCGAGGCGGCCUCCUGUAUCCUCCCGCCCAAAUAUGACAUCGCUCAUGUAUUCACUACCAGUUCGAAGACUAAAAGAAAUACUCAGCCAUGUCGUCCCCGACGCAACGCUGGGUCCUGUCGAGGAAUUGCCGUCGACGCAGCUGCCGAGACUCUAUUCCCUCAGCAUGUCAGAUGAUCGAAAGCUUCUCCUCUCGUUUGCCCCAAGCCUUGCUGUACGCCUACUCAGACAAGAAGCCAGUAUCCUUUCAUCUGAAGCAACACUGGUAUACUUCAUUGCCGGCUCGGAUUGCCGACCUGCUGAGAUGGUGGGGUCACUAGACAGCGGAAUCGAUACGCCAAAUACCGUGUCACUUUCCGAGGUAGUCCCAAAGCUUCUCAAGCAUUCGUCGAACAAUAGAGAAAUGGCAUAUCCAUACAGCAUUUUCGAAGAAACUACCGGGGCACCCCUAUCAACUCUCUCCGUCUAUCUCAGCCUCCCCGAACGCCGUCUGGUAGACAGGCAAGUCGGAUCCAUGGCCCGAGCCUUGGCGUCUCUCACGUCUCCGAAUGGAACCUUUGGAACUGUCACUCAGGUCAUGGCCAAUCCAUUCAGCGUUGCGCUGCCCUCCGCACCGCCAGUCGCAGGCUCUCAGACAUGGUCUGAGGCCUUCAAUACCCUACUCGAGGGAAUUUUGAGAGAUGGAGAGGAUAUGAGAGUCUUGCUGCCAUAUGAAACUGUGAGGGAACAUUGCCAACGACUUUCGUGGCACUUAGAUGCCAUUACUCUUCCUAGGCUGGUCGUUCUCGAUGCUGGCAACGAGACGAACGUGAUGGUUGACAGAGGAUUGGACGGAAACGCUUCGAGCUCCUCGACAGGGGGCCACGUCAAGGUGACGGGGCUCAGGAGUUGGAGCCAGGGUGUCUUUGGGGAUCCUCUAAUAGGUGAGGUGUUUGACAGUCCCAAUGAAGGGUUUCUGGAAGGGUGGCAAGCAGGAGGCGGGAAUGAAGAUGUGAUUGAAGAUGAACCCAAUGCGGAGGUUCGUUUGUUGCUUUACCGAUGUUACAGGGCUGUUGCGAGCAUUGUAACAGAACAUUACAGGCCACAGGCAGAUAGUAGUAGGAGAGAACUCGAUGGCCGGAGGAAAUUGACGAGUGCCUUGUCUGAGCUGGAGAAGAUUGAUGUUGCUGUCAGCGAUGCACUAAAAAGAUCAAGGAGUUUAUCUGCGGAGGCGUCUGACGAAGAGAGUUCGAAGAGGCAAAAAGUGGCCAAGUAA